AUGCCUGCCACUGACCGCGCCGCUUUCCAGGAGAUCUUCCCCUCCUUGGCUGAAGAUAUCCUGGCCUAUGCGAAGGAGUCGAAUCUGCCCCAAAAUGCUCUGCAGUGGUUCGAGAAGGCCCUCAAUGUCAACGUUCCCGGUGGAAAGCUGAACCGUGGUCUUUCUUGUCCUGACACCGGCCUGGCUCUUCUGGAGAAGCCCCUGACCGAGGAGCAGUUCAAGCACCUCAGCAUUCUGGGAUGGCUCACCGAGCUUCUCCAGGCUUUCUUCCUGGUCAGCGACGACAUUAUGGACGGCUCGAUCACCCGUCGUGGUCAGCCAUGUUGGUACCGUCACGAGGGCGUCGGUUUGAUCGCCAUUAACGAUGCCUUCCUGCUCGAAUCUUCCAUCUAUAUCAUUCUCAAGAAGCACUUCCGCUCGCACCCCGCCUACGCCGACUUCAUCGAUCUCUUCCACGAGACAACUUGGCAGACUGAGCUGGGUCAGCUCUGUGACCUGAUCACUGCCCCCGAGGACAAGGUCGACCUCAACAACUUCUCCAUGGAGAAGUAUAUGUUCAUCGUCACCUACAAGACCGCCUACUACAGCUUCUACCUGCCUGUCGCCUUGGCUCUGCUCUACCUGCAGCGCGCCACCCCCAGCAACCUCCGCCAGGCCCAUGAUAUCCUCAUCCCUCUGGGCCAGUACUUCCAGGUUCAGGAUGACUACCUCGAUGCCUAUGGAAACCCCGAUGUCAUUGGCAAGAUCGGUACCGAUAUCAAGGACAACAAGUGCUCUUGGCUCGUCAACCAGGCUCUCCAGCGCUGCAAUGCUGAGCAGCGCAAGGUCCUCGACGAGGCCUACGGACGUAAGGAUGACGCUCUCGAGGCCAAGGUCAAGGCUCUCUACAAGGAGCUGGAUCUCGAGAAGGUCUACCAAGAGUAUGAAGAGAAGAUCGUCGGCGAGCUCAAGGAGAAGAUUGCCGCCGUGGAUGAGUCUGAGGGACUGAAGAAGGACGUCUUCAAUGCCUUCCUCGGCAAGAUCUACAAGCGCUCCAAAUAA